UCAUCAUGCAUCACCACCUAUAAGAAGACCCCACCCCCGGUGCCGCCUCGCACCACCACCUCCAAACCCUUCAUCUCUAUCACAGCCCAGAGCAGCACCGAGUCAGCCCAGGAUGCCUACAUGGAUGGCCAUGGCCAGGGGAACAGGGACAGCCACCCCCGGGGAGACAUGACCGUCCAGUCAGCCCUGUCCAACUCCACGGAGAGCAUCGACAGCAUGAAGGCCCUGACGGCAGCCAUCGAAGCGGCCAACGCCCAGGUCCACGGCCCCGCCAGUCAGCAUGUCUCAAACAGCAGCAUAACCAUCACCACCACCUCUGCCCUGGCCCAGAUCACUGAGGACAGCAGGAAGGAGCAGGCCAGGAGGGCCAAGUGCCAGCUGUCCAUCGGCAUCCAGGUCUGUGGUAGACACUACCUCACAACAACUUUUGAGGUGUCCUUUGACAUUUAGUUUGAUCUGAUAUGGGAAUAAUAAGAAAUGUAUUAGGUGAAACAAGAGCCAGGUUUUGAGAGACUGGAUCCCCAUCCCCUUUCUGAGUUGACAGGAUGUGGUUCUACUUUUGCUCUAUACUGUUCUCUAGUGGCAGAUGUUUACAUUUACUUCAGCCUGGUGUUCUGUAUAUCAGUUUCCCAACUCCUGUCCUCCAUUACCACCGACCAGCACACAUUUAUGUUGUAGCCCUUGACAAACAUGCCUGAUUCAAUUAAUCCAGGGUUUGAUGAUUAGUUGACAAGUUGAAUCUGGUGUGCUUGUUGAGGGCUACAAUAAAAAUGUGUACUGUUGGGGGUACUGGAGGACUGGAGUUGGGAAACUGCGUGUAUAUUGUAGUGACUGAGAGAUAAAUCUAUAUUUUAUCGUUCAAUUUCUUUCUUUGAUGAUUUUAUUUCCAGGUGGACGGGCCAGAAGAGGAAGCUUUGGAGAUGGAGGACCAGUUCAAGUUCCAAUCAAUUGGGGUCCAGGUGGAGGACGAGAGGGGGUGAGUCUCUGCCUCUUUGUCUCUGUCUCUCUCUCUCUCUCUCUGUCACCCUCUCCCUGUCUCUCUCGCUCUCUUCUCUCCCCUCUCUCUCAGUCAGAUCAGAAUGUCAGUCGCUCACUGUUUCUUGCCUUCAUGACCUUUUGUGUGAAAGUCCAGAGAAAGGCAUCCAUUUACAAAUGAAGGCCGUUACCAAGGGAGUCAUGAGGGAUGCUGGGGGAAGAAGACUGAGCCUAGGGUUGUGAAUGCAGUGGAACAGUUGUGCUAGUGAAACGGACAGUUGUGUUUGUCUGUUGGCCUCGCCGGUGACACCUCUUCAGUGACUUCAGCUGUGUCCUCUCCAGCUAACCUGCGACUGCAGUCUGACAAGGCAAACCAAACGCCUACACUCUGUACACUUUUUUUUUCUAUGCCGGAGAUAGAAGUUAGAGAAAUAAUCCUGGUAGACUUGCUGCAGCUGGUGUCUCAACUUCUGUUAAUGAGGAUCACUGACCGCCCACUACAGCAGCCUAGUCAUACUAAAGACUGUGGGAGUUUUAAUAUGAAUCAGAGUGAAAUUAUUCACGUUAUAAACCUUAUUGUAUAUUUCUUCCUGGUUCCUACGUGUGUUCUGCUCCACCCUAUGCGUUGUACAGGACAAAUAUAGCAUCAAUAGUCAUCGGCAUUGUAAGGCUGUUCUUGGACAGCUCUGCUGUGUGUCUAUAGUGUAGGGCGCUCGCUCUAAAGGAAUGGUCAUGGUGGGUGGUGUUUCACAGUAGUAGCCUGCUCCAUGAUGACUGCAGCCUAGGGCCUCUUCCCUUCCCUUCCCUCACUCUGUGUCUCUGUGCACCUCCCACACUACCUCUCUAUGUGGGAUGUUCAUUCAUGGUGCAAUGGAUUGGCUCAAAAUGUGGUAAAAUACACCUUCCAUCCAUCAGAAUGGAUUAAAUUCAGGGCCUGAGGUUUUUCUGACCACAUGAUCUGACCCGGAAAAACUCUGGCCCUAUAUAGGCUUAAACUGGGGUUCAGAGUUUUUCCUGGUCAGGUCACCUCAGACUGGGCACUGAUGUCUGUCUCCCCCUGUUGGCAGAUACCGGCGGCUCACCCGCUCCAACAGUGUAACAGCCGCAGUACAGGCUGACCUGGACAUGCCUGACAUGUUAGACAGCCCCCUGGACUCCCCAGAGACAGACCUGCCCUCCUCAGUCUCUGUGUCACACCAGUACUCCCGCGACGCCGCCACCUCGCCAGCCUCCACCGUCAGCAUCCAGGGCUCGGGGAACCACUACCACGCCUGUAACUCAGACGACUACGAUGACGUGGGCUUCGACCCAUCCAUCCUGCCCCCGCCCGAUCCAUGGAUCGACAGCUUGACCGAAGACCCCCUGGAGGUGGUCCAGAGGUCCGUGUGUCAGCGGGACGGGCGCUGGUUCCUCAAGCUGCUGCAGGCUGAGACAGACCGCAUGGAGGGCUGGUGCAGACAGAUGGAGCAGGACGAACAGGAGAACGACCUGCCUGAUGACGGUGAGUCUGGCCGGUCCAAAGGCACUUAUACCACUACCUAUCACAAGUGUGUGUGUGUGUGUCAGUGGAGGCUGGUGCUGCGUACUUGUGCGUAAUUGUACCUGUGAUAGGUACAAUUAGGUGGACUCAUUCCAGCCAUUACACUGAGCCAGUCCUCUGAGUUCUUCCUCCAACAGCCUCCACUGGUGUGUGUGUGUGUGUGCUAUCUGAUCUGUGUUUACAUUGUCUUCCUCUCCAUAGUCUUGGGGAAAAUAAGGCUUGCUGUGGGAAGUGCUCAGCUCCUGAUGUCACAGAAAUUCCAGCAGUUCCGGGAGCUUUGUGAGGAGAAUCUGGUGGGUGACUUUUCUAGUUCUCCAGCUUCCUUUGUCCCACUCCCCCUGUUCUUCACAUUAAAGCUGAGAUAAAACUAUGUUUUGUUCUUCCCCUCUUUACUGAUCUGUGAUCAGAAGCCCAAUGCCCACCCGCGGCCCAUCUCUCAGGACCUGGCUGGUUUCUGGGACAUGCUCCAGCUGUCCAUUGAGAACAUCAGCCUGAAGUUUGACGAACUGCACCAGCUGAAGGCCAACAACUGGAGGCCCCUGGACCCCCCGGAGAGAAAGGUAAAACAGGCGUCCAGGACCAGCUAGUGUCUGUUUGUGUAUGACACAGAGUACAUCAUGAUACCGACCGGCCGAGACAUACUCAUCAUGCCGAAACAAAUCAGUAGCUUUCUAACUCAUUGCAUGAUCUAGUAUCGCUGUUGUAACUUCAUAAUUAUUAUUUAUUAACAUACUGUAUCAAUGUUUUUGGGGGGUUUGGCAACAACUGACUUUUGUCUAGAUGGUGAGGGUUUAUUAGAUGUGCCCAAUACCUUAUUAAGUGCUUUACAUGGCAUGAGUCACACAUUACAACAUAUACACCAUCAAUAGUUUUAUACACAAUCCUAUUUUAACACAGUGAAAAACCUCACACCCAAAAGUUGUUGAAUGUUGCCGUUUUCCUGUCAUGUGUUGUAUUAAAGUCAGUAGAGUUGUUUUUACUGUUCUGUAUCAUGGCUGUUGCAUUUUAUACUCUUGAUUUUCUGACCGCUUCUCCAUGUUUUUGUUUUGUUGUUCUUGUCGACAGUGAGCUGGUUUUGAGAAGUCAUUCCAUCUGGCACGCACCACGAGGCCUGACCUCGCUGGGCCACCGUACCUCAUGCAGUCGCUGCAUCGCGUGUGGUUGUCUCUCUGUAGCGCUAGCCGUGUGCUGCAAUAGGUGUGUGAAUGCUGUCUGCGCUCCUGGGAGGUGGCUAACUGACUAUUUGUCAUCCCUGUUCAGGAGAGACGGAUCCCUCCUCCUGUGCCAAAGAAACCCCCAAAAUGUCAGCCUCCCCUGGCCCGAGAUAGGUCCCUGGAGAGCUCCGAGAAGCAGAGGCUGGAUGCACGAAAGCGCUUGAUGGCUGCCAAGCGAGCUGCGUCGGUGAGGCAGAACUCAGCCACCGAGAGCGCAGACAGCAUCGAGAUCUAUAUCCCCGAGGCCCAAACCAGGCUAUGAGCCCUGUGGCAGGCACACCUUCACCACUACACACACACUCUGGCUCACACACACACACAGAUUAACUUACAGUACACCUCACACACCGCUAGAACACAAACACACAGGUAAACACACAUAAGCUUUUAACAGUAUGGUUCCUGUGGGCAAAAACACAGAGACCUACUCCCACUGAUAGGUAAGUGCAGGGUGUUUGUAAUAUAGUCACACUAUUUUCUCUGUAGUGGGAAGAGAAAUGCCACCGGUAUAGUUGUUUCUCUUACAUAUUAUUAUCUGUCUCUCACAAAUUUGAUCCUGGUCUUGUUUCCAUCUAUGUAACAUAGAUCCUCGCCUGAAGAUGACCGCUUCGUGAUCCUUCUUUUAAAAAGUUGAGCACUUUUACCCACACCUGUGUAACAUCCACCAUGAUCUUGCGAAAUGUAUAGUGUUCUUAUUCAAUGUAGACAGCUGUUGAUAUCUUAACAGAAAGCAAACAUAAUUAUGUUUGAACAUUUGGUUUCUUUAGCUCUUUGUACUUUCACCUAAGCAUGGGCCAAACAGAAUCCCUUGCUUCAUGUCCCAUUCAACCCUCAAUCUUUUUUCUUUGAUUGUAACAUAAUUGGCAAAUGAACAGGGUAUAUUAUGCUUAAGAAAUAUUUGUUUGAAAUCAGAUCAAGUAAAUGUGUAAAACAACUGAUCACUUUGGUUUUGAAAUCCCAUCUGUAAAGAUCAGAGAUUUGAGACAAAAAGGAUGCCUUUAUAUUUCUGUAGCCGAUUCUGUUGGUUUAUUAUGCUGAAGCUGUCUAUUGUUAAGACAUAGUUGCUUAUUCUAGAGAAAUAUCUGUUUAAACUUUUUAGUAAUUCUUGGUACAAGGACAACUAUAGACAAUAUUCUUUGAUAUAUGUUCUUAACUAAACCUGCUUUCCAUUUUGUAAAGUCUGAUGGGUGUCUAAAGUUGAUUUAUGACAACUGAGGAUCUUUGCGAUGAUGAGCCACCCAAUAUGAAAUACCCUAAAAACAGAGGUACACUAAGAAUGCAAGUAGUUUUAUUCCUUAACAAUGUUUUUCCAGUAGCAAGUUCAGUGGUUUAUUUUUAUUAGUAAACUGUUUCUGGGUAUAUUAGUUAAAUCUCAAGUGGGCCAGUGUGAUGCUCCUGGAAGGCCAUGUGACUGUCUCUGUCAUGUGGUUCAGCAGGCUUAGCUCUGUGUUAUUUCUCAGGAAGAGAUGGAAAUUCAGUCUGUCAAAUCAGGGUCUCCUAGUGCUGGUGGUCUGUGUGUGUGUUAUUGACAUGUGCGUGUGUUUGUGCGUGCGUGCCGGUUUGUGGGUGUGCGUGUCGUUUUGUGUGCAUCAGUGUUUAGAGGUGAGUGUGUGUGUGUGUGGAUGUGGGUCUCUUAAAGUGCUUCCUGAUUUCCUCGGUUGACAUGUUGGCCUUUCUUCAAUACGGUCAAGUAGCCUCAUGAACAUAACUGUACAUAGUCAAAACGCCACUUGUACUUGAAAAUAACAAUUUGUGUGUUUGUACAGAAAUGAUACAUGAGGGUGUUCCAGUAAGCAUGCAGACACAAUAUUAGUAUUACAACAUCUAUACCUAAAUUAUUUGUUUAUUUAUUGAACUAUUUAUUUAUUGAUGAUUUAGUUUUUUUUUACUGUUUCUGUUCAGUGGUCUGUCAUGCUACUCUGAUCGUAUGUUGUAUUGUAUAGAGAUUAUAUGUGCAUACAUAUGAUAAACACAGAAUAAAAUCAUUAUGAAC